AUGACUGGUCGAAUCGUUAAAGAUGUAUUUAACAAAGCUAAAAGUGGAGAGAUAUUGAGAUUAGAGAACAGUGAUAUUAACCUCCGAAACAUGCAUGGCGUUUCAGCACUGAUGAUGUCUGUUAUGGAAAAUGACAUUCUGGCUUUAAAAACGUUGAUAUCGGCAGGCGCUGAUGUUAAUUUAACCAAAACUAAGGUCAGAUAUACCACAGCACUGACCAUAGCAGUGGAAAGGGGGAGCGUCGAAUGUGUAAAGGAACUGAUCAGGGCAGGAGCUUUCUUUACGUGUGAGCGAGGGUUGGAGGCUUUAAAGAUGGCGAGGGAUUACAACUUCUUAGAUGCUGUGAUUCAAGGAGAGAACGUAUCUUAUGCAAAGCCUUAUGAACAUAGAAACGCAUUUGAUAUAGCUUAUAUCAAUGAAUGCUUUGAUUUGCUUGUCGAUUUGAUUAACUGUGGCAUUACAAAAAAAAUAUCAUCAUUAAAAUUUGAAGACUUUGCUAGGGCAGAGAUAUUCAACGUACUGAUGAACUCACCAAACAUCGAUAUUAAUGAACACUAUUGGGAGGGACAAACUAUUUUAAUGAAAGCUGUUCAAACACAUAAAAAGCAUAUUGUGCAACUUCUUCUUCAAAAAGGAGUUAAUAUUCAUGAAGUGGACUGGGAAGGAAAUACAGCUCUUCAUUUGGCCUACAUUGGAAAGUCUGAAAUAAUUUCUCUACUUCUGGUAGCGGGAGCUGAAGUUGAUGUCAAAAACUCAGAACAUCAAACACCACUUCAUGUUGCAGCUAAUAAAUCAGACACAGAAAUGAUAAAACUUCUAAUAGAGGCAAAAGCGGAUAUAAAUUGUACAGAUAAACGUGGCCAAACACCGCUUGCAAUUUGUGUUGAAAACUCAGAUUUAAACACGGCAACAUGUUUACUACGACAUGGGGCAGAGGUCAAUACAGUUAAUAACCAUGGGGUUACUCCCCUUAUUCGGGCCGUUACAAAGCAACACGAGAAGCUCGUAGAUAUCCUAAUUGUAUACAAAGCAGACGUGAACUAUAAACAAACCACGGUGUUAAUUUAUGCUGUGUUGAACGUUAACAAAAAUAUUGUGUCAAAACUGAUUCAGGCUGGUGCUGAUGUUAACAUGAAGACUACACGGUGUUAUCGAGACGAAUAUCCCAUUAAUUAUAAUCUUUUGGAAGAGGCAAAAAAGAACGCUUUGCUGGAUACCUCUAUGCAUAAUCUCACACCUUUACACAUAGCAGCUAUAACUUCUCCUCAACACACAGCACAGACUUCACUUCAGGUAGUCAAAAUACUAUUAAAAGGAGGGGCAAAUGUUCACGCAGUUGACGAGGACGAUUGGACUCCAUUACACAUCUCAGCAAUAUAUGGUGAUUUGGACAUCGUAAAAUCUUUAAUCAAGGCUGGAUCAAAUAUAAACGCCGUGGAUAAAUUUGGAAGGACCCCACUUUUCUUUUCGUUACUUUAUAAUCAUAGAGAGCUAGCAAAAUAUUUGAUAAAGUCCGGGGCGGAUGUAAACUUGAUGAGUGAAUCUCAACGCUCGCCUUUAUAUGUUGCUGUGUUUUACAAAUACAAUGAGCUUGUUCGUAUGUUGAUUAAACAUGGCGCUCUUGCAGAUAAAGGCAGAAAAUCUGCGCUACUGAUGGCUCUAGAACAUAAACAUGUAAACGUGUCGAUACUUUUAGUGAAAAAUGGCGCUAAUGUCAACGUUAAAGACGAUACUCAGACACCUGCAUUGAUAAAAGUUUUAAACCUUGUACAAUUUUACAAAAUGUUUCCAUCACGAGACAGAUGCUUUAAGAGAAGAAAGCAAUAUUUGUUUUCACGCGGACGUAAACGUGUGUAUGGUCCAGAUCCUGAUGAACCAUCGGUGCCCACAAAAGUGUUUGUUUCCAAUAAACAAAGUGUAAAAACAAAAACUCUAAUUGAGUCCAUGCUCCAGCACGGUGCCAACGUUUCUUUAGCAGACGUUGAAGGCAACACUUGUCUGCAUGAAGCUGCUCGACAUUGCAACAAAGAGAUAUUGGAGUUACUGUUACAUUACAAGGCGGAAGUAAAUCAACAGAAUGUAAAAGGUGAAACGCCACUAAUGAUAGCUUGUGUAAGCGGCAAUGUUGAGGCUGCCGAGGUUUUACUGAAGGCAGGAGCUAACGUGUUUUUGGUUGACAAAAAUAAAAACACAGCAUUACACCAUUGUGCACAGUAUAGAAAUGAUUUGCUUCCCUUAGUUGAAAAGCUCGUCUUACAUAGUAACCAACAUAAUAAUGAGUUCAGGCAAGAAAAUACCUUGGUAAGUAAUGCCAACCGAACUGUUAAUAAUCAGGGAAGCGAUUUGUUUGAUACAUUACAAACCACUGAAACAAGUUCUAAAAGUGAAAUUUUUGUCAAC